UCUGUGAGAUGUUUAACAAAGCAUAAGGUUUGUUCCCCUUCGGUUCAUCCCAGUUUAUUUAAGGAAAAGGGGUUUUACAUUUUGUAUGUCAAAAGCUGAGGUUAAAUCUGGCAGAACGAUGAGAUAGAUUUAUCAGGAGGAAUCCAAGUUACUUUAUAUGAUAUUGGAGUUGGAUCGUACUGUUGGAAAUGGUUCGAAAUAAGGGAUUCGAGAAACCACCAAAGGCCAGGAUUAAGUCUUCGGGCCAAACCGAUUCCAGAAGGGAGGAUAAACUGAAAAUGUCUCCGUUCGUUACUUCUUUGACUACCGUUUGCAUUGGAAUCGCUGCUUGGUUCAGUUACAAAGGAUAUCUUGAAACUCGAGUUAACACUCCAUAUGAAACUGAGAAGCUGAUUACAUUUAGUGGGUCGAGCGAUACAUCUCGAUAUUGGAAUACGUAUCGCCCAGGUUUAUAUUUCGGCAUGAAAACCAGAGAUCCAAAUUCUUUGGUGAACGGCCUUAUGUGGUACUUUCCGCAUUACUUGCGGCAGACUGGAGGUGGAAUUCGUCACUGGUGCGAGCAAAGCGAUAAGUUAGAUAAGUAUGCCUGGUUAGAGCACGACGGGAGGACAUUUGGCGUUCAAGAGAUAGUCGACAGUGGCAUCGUUUUGAAAACGACAUUUGUAAAGAGACGGGGUGGUAAUCACGGUGGAGAUUGGACUGCAAAAAUUGGAUUGACAUCAGAAAAGCUGGAACACGAAGGAGAGAUAAUUUCUUUACUAUUUUAUACAGCCGUAGAAGAGAAAACCAACGGUUGGAUUAAACCAACUCUCGGAGUCGACAAUCAAUUGACAGGAGUCGAGGGAGUCACUCAGGGUCUUGGAGCUUUCAGAUUAACAAUUAAUCCCACGCAAGGUGUCAUUGAAGAACGUUCAUUCCUAGCAACCGUAGCUCCAGGUUUGCACGUUUUAAAAGAAGUCGUACUUCAAAACCUGAGACUCGCUUCAUACAAGGGAUCUUUGAAACAAAGGAUCGUUCUGGCCGGUGAACAAUUACCAGUUUCUCCAGAAGGGAACAAAGUGGAGCCGAACUUCAUUGUCACCCAAGUUACUGCGAGAGUUCCUUUCGAGAUAGAAGUAAGCUUCGAGUCGGGUAGUGUCAUCAAUCGUCCUGAAAAAUUGACAGGUGAAAAUUAUGACGCAGCUCUGGAAAAGCAACGAUCAACGUUCGAUGAGAAAUUCGAGAAUAUAUUCAAGCUCCGAUCUAAAGGCUACAAGGAAGACGAGAUCGCAUUUGCCAAAAUGGCAUUUUCUAACCUAAUUGGUUCGAUUGGAUAUUUUUAUGGCAGUUCACAAGUGCAAAGCUCCUACACCAAAGGUCCGGUACCUUAUUGGAAGGCUCCGUUAUACACUGCCGUGCCCAGUCGAAGUUUCUUUCCGAGAGGCUUCUUGUGGGAUGAAGGAUUCCAUGGUUUACUCAUCUCAGCGUGGGAUUUAGAUAUCGAAUUCGACAUCAUAAGUCAUUGGUUCGACUUGAUGAACGUGGAAGGCUGGAUACCGAGAGAGAUGAUACUAGGUCAAGAGGCUUUGUCAAAAGUGCCGGAAGAGUUCGUCACUCAAGUGAACACAAAUGCCAAUCCUCCGACAUUCUUCCUAACUUUAAACUUCAUCCUGGAGAAUUACAGGACAGAGUUGACGGAGAAUCAUCUCAGGCUUCUGGAUAAACUGUACCCUAGAUUGCAAGCAUGGUUCGACUGGUUCAACACGACUCAGACCGGAGACCUUCCUGGAACAUAUCGCUGGAGAGGGAGAGACAGCACCACGAAUCGAGAACUCAAUCCAAAAACUCUGACGUCUGGCUUGGAUGAUUAUCCCAGAGCUUCUCAUCCGAACAUCGAUGAACGUCACAUUGACCUCAGAUGCUGGAUUGCCUUCGCUGCUGGAAUUAUGUAUCGCAUCGGAGAGGUUCUGAAUCGACCUAAUGAGAAGUACUUUCAUACUCAUAAUUACCUAUCGGAUAAUAAACUAUUGAACAAACUACACUGGUCACCUGUUACGCAGACUUAUUCAGACUUUGGUUUACACACCGAUAAAGUGGUUCUUCGAAGACCUGCCCCAGUGCCUCGGUCUCAUGCACCUAAUCUUGAAAUGGUACGAGUCGUCACGGAAGAUCCAACUCUGCGCUUUGUGGAUUCGACUUUUGGUUACGUGUCUUUGUUUCCCUUUAUUCUGGAGAUAAUUGAGCCCGACUCGCCGCAGCUGGAGAAGAUUCUCAAUGAUUUAGUGAAGGAAGAUCUUCUGUGGACGAAAUAUGGCCUUCGAUCGCUUGCUCGAUCUUCGCCACUUUAUAUGAAGUUUAAUACUGAACACGAUGCACCUUAUUGGCGAGGGCCUGUUUGGAUGAAUAUUAAUUAUCUGACGGUUAGGGCUUUGUAUCGGUACUCGAGAAUAUCUGGACCUUAUCAGGACAAGGCAAAGAAGAUUUAUACCGAUCUUAGGCAGUGUUUAAUCAGAAACGUCAUAUCGGUGUACAAAAAGUCAGGUUAUGUCUGGGAAAAUUAUGCUGACAGUAAUGGGGAAGGUCGUGGCAGUCAUCCGUUCACUGGGUGGACUUCGUUGACUGUUCUACUCAUGGCAGAAAUUUAUUAAGGUCUUUUAUUAAUUUAUAUAGUGAAACACUUCAAAGCGGAGGUAUCGAUCGAAUAGCCGGAACGUACUUCGUAGGACACCUGCGCAACACUUUAGUCUUUUCCAAUGGCCCACAAGCAUUUGUGUAGGAUUUAUAUCGCAGACAAAGUAAUAUAUAUUUGAUAAAUAGGGUCCUAGAUUUAAUAUGAAUUUAAAAUGGACAUUAGUCACUUUAGUGGUCGUUUAUCGCAGUCUCUUACGUUAUCAUACAUAGGAUCGUUUUAAGAAGUAUCAGCUGCAGGUUGAUAUUAGUGUAAAUAUAUAUUUUCUCUUUAGAGAGUUAUAGAUGCAAAAUCAAAUGUCACAGAGUACGAGUAGAUAGCGAUGGAAUAGAAAAAGCACUUCUAAAACUAUUCUAAACAGGCAGUUUAUUUAAUGCAACUAUAAACUGCGUAAUAAAGGAAUAGGUGUUUCGUUAUUACGGUACAGACUUUUAUAUUCAAAUCAUUAUACUGCGUUACUUUUGAUAAUAAUGCAGUAUCUAUUAGAAAAAUAUCACAAAGAAAUAUGUAAUUAAGACUGAUUAAGUCGAUAGACUUAAGCAAAGAGUAAAUGCAUUUCCUUAGUGAAUUUGACUUUUUCUGAAUUAUCCUGUAGAAGGUUUGGGGUAUUUUUAGAAUACCGAGGCAUUUAAUUGAUCUUUAAGACUAUCAUCCGAUGAUAGUCCUUCGUAAUGAUUCUCUUUUAAACUGUUCCAAUUUUGGCUGUGACUCGUUGAAAAUACUAAUAGAAUUAAAUAUGAACGAGUUAGCUCUAAUUAAUACUGUUCGACUCUUGUAAUAACACUAUGAACCUAUUAAAGUGCAUAU